CUCAUCGAUUACUUCGUCGGAGCGAUAAUGAGCCCAACCGACCAACAACUGGCCAAAGGGUUGGCCGGCUUUAAGCCGUACGUCAUAUCCAACAAUCUGUACCCGCGUUGGGAUGGCUUCAGCUUCUUCGGCGUGUUCGGCGUAUUCUUCCCGUCCGUCACCGGCAUAUUCACGGGCGCCAGUAUGUCGGCCGACCUCCAAGACCCGGCCACUGCCAUACCGAAGGGCACGUUCCUGGCCAUCGGCACCACUUCCCUCACGUAUGCGGUGAUCAUACUGUUCACGGGCUCCACAAUCGUCGCCUAUUCCUCGGGUAACAUAAACGACACGCUGGACAACAACCGGACGUGUUAUGGCAGCUGUCCGUACGGCCUCAUCAAUGACUACCAGACAAUGGCUAUGACGGGCGGUCUGUCGCACACGAGCCUCAAAGUGGAUCCACUCAUAUAUGCGGGCAUUUUUGCCGCCACCCUAUCAUCGGGACUGGGAUGUUAUACAGCGGCUCCCAGAAUAUUCAAGGCCUUCGCCGACGACAAUCUCAUACCAUUCAUCUCGUGGUUCGGCAGAGGGUACGGUCCGUCGAAAACGGAUCCCAGACAUGGAUAUGUGAUCACAUUCAUCAUCGCCGCCGUGUUCAUAGCCAUCGAUGACGUCAACACUGCCGGCUACUGGAUCUCCAACUUUUAUUUGGGCGCCUUUUUUAUGGUCAACUUCUCGCUGUUUUACGUCUCGUGGGUCAGUUCCCUGAGCUUUAGGCCCAGCUUUAAGUACUACAACAAGUGGGUCAGUCUGUUGGUGGGCGUCACGUGCAUUGUCCUCAUGUUCCUCUUUGACACGACCUCCGCGGCCACUGUCUGUGCGCUCACUGUUUUCAUAUACAUAUCGAUGCUGUUCGUGAAUCCAGUGAAGGCCAAUUGGGGGCCGUCUACUGAGGAGCAGUUCUUCAACAUAGCCCGGUAUCUAACCUUCCGGCUGAACGUUCAGGACGAGCACGUCAAACACUACAGGCCUAUGAUUUUGCUGUUAAGUGGUAACCCCACCAACCGUACGACACUGGUCGAUAUGGCUAACCAUAUGACCAAGAGAUACGGUUUACUAUUCUUAGCACAUAUAGCUCAGGGACCCAUUCCCUUCAGAACCAAGGAUGAGAUAAUCCACAAACAGAAGCAAUGGCUUAGGAAUGAGAAUAUUAACGCAUUUUACAAACUCAUUGAAUCCGAUUCUGUGAGCGUCGGCGCCAAAAGCUUUAUGCAGGCCUCGGGAAUAGGAAAAUUCACGCCUAAUAUAGUGAUGUUGGGCUAUAAAAGCAAUUGGCAAUCGUGCGACUCAUCCACUCUCUCGGAUUACUAUCAAAUUAUUCAUUCAGUAUUAGACAACAACUUCUCGAUUAUAAUAUUCCGGCUGAAAGAGGGCCACGACUUCUCUGCCUAUUUAGAAAGUCAACACAAUUCGCAUAUAAGAAAAAAUAGUAACAUAUAUUCCGUGUCCAAGACAGUGGACAGUCAGCAGUCGAUCAACGACUUCACCGAUUUGGCUAACUUUGAGCCCAAAAUGGAUGAGUUGGCCAAUCGGUUCAAGACAAAGCAAACGAAGGGCACGAUCGACGUGUGGUGGAUAUACGACGAUGGCGGACUCACCCUGCUCAUACCAUUCAUACUGAGAAACAGCCCAUUGUGGGCCGGGUCUAAGCUCCGGGUGUUUUCCGUCACGAAAAACAAGCUGGAAAUCAGUACCGAACAGGACAGUCUGAAACUUUUGUUGAAUAAGUUUCGGAUCCCUUACUCGGCGGUGCGGGUGCUCUCGGAUUCCGAUCAAAUGCCGUCCGAAGAGACUGAAAAUGAGUUCAUAAAACUGAUGUCCAAAUCCAUGUCCGCCAUAAACGAUGAGCAGACAGUGGAGUCAUUGCAGAAUGAAUUGAUUCAUUUCAAAGACAAAACAAACAGGUAUUUACGGCUCCGGGAGCAUAUAGAGCAACACUCGAGGAACUCCACUCUCGUGGUCAUGACAUUACCCAUUCCUCGUAAGCAAGUGGUGUCGGCCACGCUAUACAUGGCAUGGAUUGAGACACUGACCAAAGAUAUGCCACCGUUUCUGUUGAUUCGCGGCAAUCAGUCAAAUGUUUUGACAUUUUAUUGUUAACUAAUUCAUCCAUUCAUUCAAUUGUAUAAAACGGUC